AUGCCGGGCCGAGGGGGUGAUGUGCUCGGCUUCGGCACGCCCCAGUCGGUCGGGAUGCUGGCCGAGCCGCUGCAUACGAUGGUGGGCAACCUGACCAAUUUCACGCACGCGGCCAACUACGGCUCGCACAGCUACCACGCCGUGCACCCGAUCGAGCCCGGCGGCGUGACGAUUGUCGGCCGCGACAGCAAGGUGGUCAGCUACUUUGCCAUUGGCAAGCGCAACCUGUACGCCGACGUCAACGGCACGCUGCUGCCAGCGCAUCUGCAGGAAGACGCGACACUGGAUACGGUCUACGACAUGGCCAGCCUGACCAAGAUGUUUACGACGGUGGCGGCGCUGCGGGCGAUGGAUGCGGGCCUCAUCGCGCUGGACGCCCCAGUGGCGUCCUACGUGCCCGCGUUUGCAGCCAACGACACGGAAAAGGGAAGCGUGACGAUCGAGAUGCUGAUGACGCACACGAGCGGCUUCGACGCGGACCCGUCGCCGGCUCUGUACUCUGGCGCCUACGCGACGCACGCCGACAAGAUCGACGCCAUCGUCACGCAGCGCCUGCUCAACGCGCCGGGCAGCACGUUUCUCUACUCGGACCUAAACUUUAUGAACCUCAUGGUCGUGCUCGAGACCGUCACGGGGCGUCCGCUGGACGCCUUGAUUGGCGACUACACACGCGAGCUCGGCAUGGCCUCGACGUUUUUCAAUCGCGGCAACCGCGAGGGCUGGAGCAACUCGUUCUACGGCCGCACUGCCACCCAAGAAUUCCAGAUCGCCGUGCUCGGCGCCGGCGAGCCGCAGCGCCCGCAGCCCGUCCGCGGCACCGUCCACGACGAGAACGCCUGGGCGCUGGGCGGCGUGUCGGGCCACGCGGGGCUGUUCUCGACCGCCCUCGACACCGCCAAGCUCUGCCAGAUGAUCUUGAACAACGGCACCUACGGCGGCCGCCGCAUCCUCUCGCAGCAGAGCGUCGACCAUAUUUUCAAGAACUACAACGCAUACCUCGGGGAUGUCGACGCCGAUCAUGGCCUCGGCUUCGAGCUCGACCAGUACUACACGGCCGGCCCGCUCGCCAGCCUGCAGACGGCGUCGCACACGGGCUUCACCGGCACCAGCCUGGUCAUCGACCGCGCCCACAACGUCUUCUACGUCCACCUCGCCAACCGCGUCCACCCCUCGCGCGCCUGGAGCAGCAACAACAUUGUGCGCGAGACCCUGGGCUACUGGGUCGGCGAGUCUCUGGGCCUCGACCUUGCUGUUCCGGAGUAG